AUGAAUCGAGUCUUUGUGCGUAGAAGCUUUAAAUGCUUAGAAAUUUCCAGUCAUAUUGGUAGAAAAUGCUUUCACACUAGAUCAAAUGGUACAGAAAAAAGGGAGGAAGGUCAAAAAUUAGAAGCGGCAAUAAAGUAUUGCAGUGAUCUUGUUAGAAAGCAUGAUCCAGAAAAUUAUCUUGUGUCAAUGUUUUAUCCGAAGCAUCUUCAAAAAGUUUAUUAUACUAUACGUGCUUUUAAUCUUGAAUUAGUUAUGGUUCGCGAUUCAGUUAGUAAUCCUCAAAUUGGAAAGAUAAGGAUGCAAUUUUGGCGUGAUACCAUUGAUAAUGUGUUCAAGGGUAAGCCACCUCAACAGCCAAUUGCUCAAGCCUUAUUCAAUGCUUUAGAGACUUGCCGAUUGUCACCCCUGUUUUUUAAAAGAGUUAUCGAUGAAAGGGAAGCAAAUUUAGAUGAUUUACCGUAUUUCAGUAUUAAAGAUCUAGAAUCAUAUGGUGAAAAUACUGCAUCAUGUCUUUUAUAUUUACACCUUGAAUCUUUGAACGUUAAAGAUAUGCAAGCUGAUCAUGCCGCAAGUCAUAUUGGAAAAGCUAUCGGAAUUGUGACUAUUCUAAGGGCAUUUCCUUAUCUUGCUAGUAAAAGAAGGAUGCUAUUACCUACUGAACUCAUCGCAAAGCAUAACAUUUCACAAGAAGAAAUAUUUAGAUCAGGUCCCGUUAAGGGGUUAGAUGAUGUUGUUUUUGAAAUAGCCACACUGGCUCACGAUCAUUUACUUACUGCUAGAUCAUUCUUGCCAUAUAUACCUGGCCAAGCUUUACCUGCUUUAUUGUCAGCUGUGCCUUGCGAUUUAUACCUAAAGAGAUUAGAAAAAUAUAAUUUUAAUGUAUUUGAACCAAAAGUAAAUAGAAAAGAUUGGAGAUUGCCUAUUCAAUUAUGGCUUAGAUAUAGAAAAGAAGAGUUCUAA